CAGAACAGACGAGAAACCAUGGAGCGCAACAAGACGCGUUGGAGAGACUCACCGAGCGGACGGGAAAAGUGCCAGUUUCUGCUCACUUUGUAAGUCACUUUCAGCGACAGUGCGCAGACUUUCGUUCACCGGCAGGUGGACAUUGAGUUAUUCGAGGCGUGCGUAAAUUGACUGGAGAGGUUUAAAGAAAGAAAAUAGUCUUGGAGUGACCAACAGCGACCAAAGAAACGGGACGACAGGACGAGUAAAGAGAGCCCGAAGGAGAGACGAAUGCACGCUGGAUAGAAAUGCUUUCUGUGUUAUUUCUUCUGCACGUUUGACUGUUUCACGUUGCUUUUUUUGGGGAGGGGAAUGUCACUGGCUUGCGCUGCGUAAAAAAAAAAAAAACACCCGGUCUCUUUCAGUCUCAUGCUGUUAGACGGAACAGUUACUUUUCUUCAAGGAAACUGUGAGCGGAGCUGAGGUUUCAUAAAGAAGAAGGCACUGGACUAAAACUGAGAAGCAGACACUGAACAGUUACGAACAAUGGUGAAGUUUCAUAACUCGGACCUCUGGAUAGCCUGGAUGGUCAUUUUCUGCAUGGAGGGUUCGCGGUUUGCUCUACACCCAGGGAAAGCUUGUGUGCGGGCGCUGGAUGUGACAGUGUCCCAGAACAGUGUCCAGGUGGCCCGCGGCCAAGCAGCCGUCCUGCCCUGCUCUUUCACCACCAGUGCUGCCCUCAACAACCUCAACAUCAUCUGGAUGGUGAUACCACUGUCCAAUGCCAACCAGCCAGAACAGGUGAUAAUUUACCAGGGCGGCCAGGUGUUCAGCCUCGCCAACCACCUCAAUGGUCGUGUCGGCUUUGUGGCCACCAUGCCAAGUACAAGUGCCUCCAUCUUCAUCAACAACACCCAGCUGUCCGACACUGGGACCUACCAGUGCCUGGUCAACAACCUCCCAGACAGAGGGGGGCGCAACAUUGGCGUCAUUGGGCUCACCGUGUUGGUACCCCCCUCGGUGCCAGCGUGUCGAAUCCAGGGCACGCUGGAUGUCGGCAGUGACAUCAUGCUGUUCUGCAGCUCAGAGGAAGGUAUUCCAACACCGUCCUACUCCUGGGAGAAGCUGGACGCGCUGCCCAAGCUGCCGCACAACGCCAUGCAAGACCAGAUGCAGGGCACUGUAACACUGAGAAACAUCAGCACCAGUACCUCAGGACUCUACCAGUGUACCUCUAGCAAUGCAAUUGGCAAGAGCACCUGUCUGCUCAACCUGCAGGUUGUAGCGCCCCAACCUCAGAGUGUGGGUCUGAUAGCAGGGACCAUCGCUACAGGAGUCCUAGCUCUCAUCAUCUGUUCCCUAUUAGUGGUGGUCACACUCUUCUACUGGAGGAACAAGAACAAAUACGACGAGGAGGAGAUCCCCAAUGAGAUCAGAGAAGAUGAUCUUCCUCCCAAGAGGUCAUCAUCAGUGAAGGCUUUCCAGGCCGACGCCUCAUCCUCAGAGAACGACACGCUUACGUCUACCAACACCUACAACAGCCGCUACUGGCACAAUCCCAAACCCAACUAUGACACCAACUCCUAUACACGCUACAAUGGAGACACUCGCCAGAGCUUCUCCACCACUGCUCAUGGUGGUGCACACGGACAGGCCCAGAAUGCCGGUCACGGUCACAGUACAGUGGUCACAGCACCAGGCUCAGCCCCACUGACCCGCCAUGCACAGCCCACAACGACAACAACGACAUCAUUUGCCAAUGGCAGCCACACGCUCCCACCACCCAAGACUCUGGUGGUCACUACGAACUCUGCCCCCUCCCCUCCCGCCAUCGUGCGCAGCAACGGCUCUGUGAGCCUCAAACCGGUGGUGACGUCGACGCACGGGCAGCACACGCACUCCUACGCGGUGAGUCAGGCUACACUGGAGCGGAUGGGGGCAGUGCCUGUCAUGGUUCCUGCACAGAGCAGAGCAGGUUCACUGGUCUGAAAUCUGAUUUGGUAAACUUUAAGCUUUUGCAAACGAGACUAAAUGAGUGUAUGGUUUUGAUGUUUGAAAUCCAGUGAUGAAAAACAGACUGAAUAUGGGCUGAAGCAGCCCGCUGCCCUUUACAACUGUGUCUUUUUGUUUGUCUCAACCUCUGUAUCUCAAAAUAAACUCGGAUUUUACAGAGUUCGUUUAAUGCCAAUUUCUCGAUGGACGGGACCCUCCAUUUUAUAGACAAGCACUACAAGUAAUCUGAUUAUCUCCUUGUUGGGGGGAUUUUCCUGAUGGGCAUCCACCACAAAGUUGGAGUGAGAUCUCCUGCUGAAUCUGGAUCCCAAGAUCUUUUUCAGGGCUGGAUCAUUGUGAUGAUUGUGUUUUGUUUUUUUUUCUUUUGAACUCAAAGCAACACAAGGCAUUUUCAUCUCAGUGUGUCCAUACUGCAUGGUUUAACAGAAGUGAGGCUGGAUUCCAACAUAAAUGCAUGUGUCCCUUGUUUUAGAUAAUAAAUGAAGCCCAUUUUAUUUCAAAUAAUUUCAGUUAUAAUUUAGAUUGACAGUGAUGAUAGUGAUGAUGAGGUUUAUGAUGAAAAAAGUGAAUGUUCAACCAUCUGUUGGGAUGAAUGAAAUGAUGUUGGGUGAAAUGGCCUUAGAAGUUUAGAGAGAGGGGUUUUAUUGGAUGCAAUGCAUCACAUAAUAUACUUUACUUCACUGUAUACAAAGAUUUUAAUUACUUUUUUUGCACUUUUCAGAGAGAUUUGAUAUCAAAACUGUUGUCUUAUGAACAAUAAUGCUAACUAAUGAUAUGCUUUACCCAUACCACACAUACAAAUUACUGCUGAUAUUUGAAGAUAGCACAAGCGUUUGAAAAAAAAUGCAAAGAAACUCAAAGAAAAGAAGGCUACUGUCCCCCUGAUUUAAACUUGAACCUACAGAUGGAUAUUGUAGUCUUCGCUGUGUUUAUCCUCACUGUUGUUCCUAAUCUGGUUCAUGUCACCCCGGUGCUGCUUUGAGAAGACACUGAAAAAAGGAUAUCUUAUUUCAUAAAUGCUUUAUAAAGAGACAAAUAUAUAUUUAAAGGUGAUUUUUUUUUCCCUUGAAAAAGGCUAACACCUACUGUUUUCUACUGUACAUAUUGUAUCUACAACAGUAGGCUAGAUUAUGAAGCAAAGAGAAUACACUACAUGUCUGACUGAAACAUAUUUUACAACUCACGUGUCUUAAUUUUCAAAUGGUUCUUUUUGUUACAUUAGACAAUAAGCUGGGUCUGAUUAGACUGUUAUUGGUUUGAUUUUCUAAUGAUUAUUGCCAUUUUCUCACAAAGUCUGAGUUAAAUACAGUAUGGUUUAACAUUACUAUAAAUAAUAGACACCUAUGCUGUAUAUGGUAGAAAGUAUCACUGUGUUUCUGACCUACUGUAUUUAUAUUUUAACCAAAUCUCACCAGUGGAAAAACAGUCUGUUACAGAUUUGUUAAAGUUUUCCCAAAUUUAGCAAUCCCCAUCUCUCAUUGUGCAUUACCUUGAAUGCACAAUACUAAUAAUAAUAUAUUGUAGCUAUGAUGCAAUGUUUGAUACAGCAAUUAUUUGUGUGUUACAUGCAGUGUUGGAAAAUGUGUUUUCUUCUUUAAAAGCAAUUUCUCUUUGCGUCUAAUUAAUGAGUUUUAAUUUAAUGUGCUGUUUUGGCAUCUGAUGUCUUACAUAAGCAAAUGUAUGUGCUAACAUUACAGAGAGUGUUCCAACUUUAAUCAAUACAAUCUUUUGACUUAUGGUGGAUUUCAACUUUUGAAACACUUUUUUAUGUGGGGACUAUUAAAUAUAUGUCUUCAUGCUGUUUUCUUGUAGCUGUUAGAUACACUCUAUUACAGUUGAUUGAAUUAGAAAAUAAAAACUGGGGGGCUUAGCAGCCAGUCUAGUGUGGUAUUAGCUUAUUAUCUAAGACUGGAAACAUACAUGAGCAGAAUGCUCUUUAAUCCCAACA